GGCGGUCCAGUGGUUAAGACUCUGUGCUUCCAAUGCAGGGGGCACAGUUGGAUCCCUGGUUGGGGAACCAAGAUCACACAUGUGGCCCAAAAUAAAAACCGACCCAGGACAUGCAAAAUGUUGGUGGGGUCGGGGUGUGCUGGAGGGCUGCCUGGAGGAGCUGCCACCUCAAAUCCUCCCUCGGCUGUCAGUCCCUCUCAGGGGAUGUCUCCACUGGAGAAAAUUGUGUUGCCUAAAGUCAUGCCUCUUCCAGGGGCAGCUCACAUCCAAUCAGACGGUUCUAGGCCCUGGGGACAAAAAUAGCACUUUGAUUCUGAUGGGAGAGAGACAGUCAACAAGAUAAACCCCUGAAAUAGAAGCCAGUAGUGUGUCUGACAGGGACUCUGCCGUGGAGGAAAAUAAGCAGGAAGGUGAGCGGGUGAGCCUGGGGAGGGGGCAGGAUUUGUCAGUGAGGGUGACAGGGACGGUUCCUGAGGGGGAACUGGAUGGUCCUUAAUCAGGGGGCCAGUGAGUAAACACCUUAAGAGUAUGAAAGGGGGGGCGGGGUGUCGUAUCACGACUUCCAUUCUCGCUCCCCAAGUUUUCCUUGCCUCUAGCAGUUCAGGGAGGUAACUCAGCCUCGCGGGCGACGUGGGGCCCUGAGGGGCGGCCUGGAGCGCACCCCGCAGGCCCCAGCCCGGGAGCCUCCCGCACCUGCGCACGUCCCGCAGGUGUGUGCGGCGGAGGAGGCUCCGUGGGACGUGGCAGGUGCGCCCCACAGGUGCGCAGCCCCCGCCCCCGAGGUGCCGCGUCCUCCGGGCGGGGCCACUUCCGGGCCGGUGGCCGGACGUGGGGGCGGGGGCGGCCGUUGACCCGGUGACCGCGGCGCCGCCGGAGGCUGGAGGCGCCCUGCGGCUCGCUCCCCCGCCUCCCUCCGGGGGACAGGACGCGGCGGCCGCCGCCCGCCCGGGUCUGAGGGAGCCGGGCAGCCAUGAGCGCCAACCCCCAGUGGGACAUCAGCAGGGCGCUGAGGGUAGCCAGGCUCUUUCACCUGGUGUGUGGAGUCCGGGAUGCCUGCGUGACCCCGUUCCUGACCCUCUACCUGCGACAGCUGGGCCUGGCCGCGCCCUGGGUGGGCAUCCUCAUGGGAAUCAAGCACCUCAUCGCGGCCUCCUGGGCUCCUUUCUGUGCCUUCCUGGCCAGAAGCCACCAGAAGCGGAGGGUGCUCCUGACAGCCUCGCUGCUGGGCUCGGCGGGGGCCAGCCUGUUUAUGGUCCUGGUGCCGCCCCUGGACAGAGACCCAGGGGACCGCCGGUGUAAUGGAAGCCACAGCUUGACCGCCGAGGGCCCACCACCGGGGGUCGCACUAACUGUGAUUGUCACCUUGGCCUCAGAGCCAGCCUCCAACUCCGCAGCAGGGGUGCUCAGCCUCCCACGGGAGAGGAGUUCUGAGGUCGCUGGAACCCGUGGCUUCGGAGAAGGGCCUGGGGAAAGUGGCCAAGAACCUUUCAGUUAUCCACCGACCUCCUCCUUGGGCUCCACCCAAGGAGCCAGGAACAGACCCGGAGUUCUCCAUCCUGACACUCCAGGAGUGACAGGUUCUCCCCGCAAAGGUGCUUUUAGAGUGGUCAGUCCGCCACUCCCUCUGUUUGCUGGGGGCACGGCGCUGGCAAGUCCAGCCAACCAGUCAGCAGCCAAGGGGGACGGCAGAGACCUUGGCCUCUCCUUGGAAGGGCUGCAGUGGACUUUCAUCCUCUCGCUGGGCUCCGUGGUGUUCUGGGAGCUGCUGACGUCCCCUCUGGAGCAGGUGGCUGACGACAGCCUCUACGAAUACUUGGAUUUCGUGGACGCCACCGACCGCUACAGAAGCCUAUGGGUGUGGAGGCUGCUGGGCACAUCAGUCGGCGUGUGUGGCAUCGCGGCUUUGGUGGGGCCGCUGGACUGUUUCCUGGCGGCCAGUGGCCCUCAAGGCGUGGUGCACUUCUAUGGCUACUCCCUGGUCAGCGCCCUGGCUUUACUGGUGAGCAUCGUCUUUCCCGUCCCUGUCUGCCGGCGGCAGGAGCCCAGCUACAGGACAGUCAAAGCCCUGUCCCUAGUGGUCGGCGACCCCCACCUCACCAUCCUGGCCCUCACCAUCUUCUUGACAGGAGGUGCCACCAGCGCGGUGCAGAACUUCCUUUUCUGGCAGAUGAAAGACCACGGGAGCAGCGAGCUGAUCAUGGGUUUCUCGGUGGCCCUGGGCCUGCUGGGGGAAAUUCUGCUUCAUCCUUUCAAAGCUCCGCUGCUUAGGAAGCUGUCCAGGGUGGGCACAGUGGGGCUGGGGCUGGGCUGCCUGGCGGGGCAGCUGCUGUAUUACUCAUUUCUCUGGAGCUGGUGGUCCGUGCUGCCCGCUCAGAUCUUGAGCGCCCUCAGCCACGGGGCUCUGUGGUGGGCAGUCACCACCUCCAUAGAGCACCUGGCCACUCCUGGAACAGAGAGACCCCUGAGCGCCCUGUUCCGAGGCCACGUUUGUGAGAGUGGGGCCAGCCUGGGCAGCUUUGUGGGGGGCUUCGUGGUGAUGCGCUUCAGCCUGCCUGUGCUCUACCAGGCCUGCUGCGUCCUCCUGUUGCUCUGGCUGGCCUUGUUCCUGUCCAUCCAGCCCAGACUGCCCCAGGAGCGGAAAAUCAACUACUCCAAGCUGCUGGCUGUGGAGGCCAGUGACACAAGUGACUCUGAGCAGGGGACCGAACGGGACUGGCUAGUGAAGGCCAUGAGGGAGGACCACUCUGACUGGAGGGGCUGAGAGACAGAGCCCGGAUGCACACUGGUCCGGGAAGGAGCCGGAUGGAUGGACAAGACUCAGUCUGCUGAGGGCAAAGCCCACGAGUCCCGCAGGGCUGCAGGAAGCCCUGGGAGAGAGAAGCAUGUCUGUGCUGAAGCUCCACGGGGUCAUUUCACUGCAUGAUUUUCUUUACUUUUGUAGUAAAAGGAGAUUCAUCUUUUGGCCAUUCAAUCUUUUGAAAAUAAUGGUGCAAGAAUACAUUUGCUAUAAAACAAAAAA